CUCCGCUCAGGUCUUCCUGGUCCCUGUCCGGAGCUGCAGGACAGACCCUCAGUGUCUCUGCAGGACCAAACCUUCACCUCCCAGUCCCUCCAGUCUGCUCCGGGCCCGGGAACAUGGCGGCUCCGCUGACGGACCAGGAGAAGCGGAAGCAGAUCAGCGUCCGCGGCAUCGCCGGGCUGGGCGACGUGGCGGAGAUGAAGCGGAGCUUCAACCGGCACCUCCACUUCACUCUGGUCAAGGACCGCAACGUCGCGACGCCCCGGGACUACUACUUCGCCCUGGCCCACAGCGUCCGGGACCACCUGGUGGGCCGCUGGAUCCGCACCCAGCAGUACUACUACGAGAAGGACCCGAAGAGGGUGCACUACCUGUCUCUGGAGUUCUACAUGGGCCGCACGCUGCAGAACACCAUGAUCAACCUGGGCCUGCAGAACGCCUGCGACGAGGCCGUCUACCAGUUGGGUUUGGACCUCGAGGAGCUGGAGGAGAUCGAGGAGGACGCUGGACUGGGCAAUGGAGGACUGGGACGACUGGCAGCGUGCUUCCUGGACUCCAUGGCGACGCUCGGCCUGGCGGCGUACGGCUACGGCAUCCGCUACGAGUUCGGCAUCUUCAACCAGAGGAUCAGCGGCGGCUGGCAGGUGGAGGAGGCAGAUGAUUGGCUGCGGUACGGGAACCCCUGGGAAAAAGCCCGUCCAGAGUACAUGCUGCCCGUUCACUUCUACGGCCGAGUCCAGCACACGGACAGCGGAGUGAAGUGGCUGGACACACAGGUGGUGCUGGCCAUGCCGUACGACACUCCGGUUCCUGGCUAUAAGAACAACACGGUGAACACCAUGCGGCUGUGGUCGGCUAAAGCUCCCAACGACUUCAACCUGCAGGACUUUAAUGUUGGGGAUUACAUUCAGGCGGUGCUGGACCGCAACCUGGCCGAGAACAUCUCCAGAGUGCUCUACCCUAAUGACAACUUCUUUGAGGGGAAGGAGCUGCGUCUGAAGCAGGAGUACUUUGUGGUCGCCGCUACGCUGCAGGACAUCAUCCGCAGGUUCAAAUCCUCCAAGUUCGGCAGCAGAGACCCGGUCAGGACUUCCUUCGACACGUUUCCUGACAAGGUGGCCCUCCAGCUGAACGACACCCACCCGGCGCUCGCCAUCCCAGAGCUGAUGAGGAUCCUGCUGGACAUUGAGAAGCUGGACUGGGACAAGGCCUGGGACAUCACGGUGCGUUCGUGUGCCUACACCAAUCACACGGUGCUGCCUGAGGCUCUGGAGCGCUGGCCCGUCUACAUGUUCGAAAAGCUGCUGCCACGCCACCUGCUGAUCAUCUACGAGAUCAACCAGAGACACCUGGACAGGAUCGCGGCGCUGUUCCCCGGCGACGUGGCGCGGCUCCGGCGGAUGUCUCUGAUCGAGGAAGGCGACCCCAAGAGGAUCAACAUGGCUCACCUGUGUGUGGUCGGCACGCACGCCGUCAACGGCGUCGCCCGGAUCCACUCCGACAUCGUCAGGAACACCGUGUUUAAGGAUUUCUACGAGGUGGAUCCGGAGAAGUUUCAGAACAAAACCAACGGCAUCACUCCUCGCCGCUGGCUGCUGCUGUGUAACCCCGGCCUGGCCGACAUCAUCGCCGAGAGAAUCGGCGAGGACUUCCUGACGGACCUGCAGCAGCUCCGGAAACUGCUGGACUUUGUGGACGAUGAGGGUUUCAUCCGAGACGUGGCCAAAGUCAAACAGGAGAACAAGCAGAAGUUCGCCGCCUUCCUGGAGAAGCAGCACCAGGUGAAGAUCAACCCCGAGUCCAUGUUCGACGUCCAGGUGAAGAGGAUCCACGAGUACAAGAGGCAGCUGCUCAACGUGCUGCACGUCAUCACGCUGUACAACCGGAUUAAAAUGGACCCGAACAAACACUUUGUACCCAGGACAGUGAUGAUUGGAGGAAAGGCGGCUCCUGGCUACCACAUGGCCAAACUGAUCAUCAAACUGAUCACCUCGGUGGGAGAGGUGAUCAAUAACGACCCGGCGGUGCGAGACAGACUGAAGCUGAUCUUCCUGGAGAACUACAGGGUGUCGCUGGCCGAGCGAGUGAUCCCGGCGGCCGACCUGUCGGAGCAGAUCUCCACGGCGGGCACGGAGGCGUCCGGGACGGGGAACAUGAAGCUGAUGCUGAACGGGGCGCUGACCGUCGGGACGGAGGACGGGGCCACGGUGGAGAUGGCCGAGGAGGCCGGCCACGACAACCUCUUCAUGUUCGGCCUGAGGGUGGACGAGGUGGACGAGCUGGACAGGAGGGGCUACGACGCCCGGCGGCACUACGAGCGGCUGCCGGAGCUGAAGCUGGUCCUGGAUCAGAUCCGGAGCGGCUUCUUCAGCCCGGAGCAGCCCGAGCUCUUCAGCGAGCUGGUCUCCAUGCUGCUGCACCACGACAGGUUCAAGGUGCUGGCAGAUUAUGAAGCGUACGUUGACUGUCAGGAGCGAGUCAGCCGCCUCUACCAGGACGCGGCGGCGUGGACGAGGGUCGUGAUCCGCAACAUCGCCGCCGCGGGGAAGUUCUCCAGCGACCGGACCGUCUCGCAGUACGCCCGCGAGAUCUGGGGCGUGGAGCCGUCCCACGUGAAGAUCCCGCCGCCCAACGAGCCGCCCAUCACGCCGCAGAGCUGAGGCCCCGCCCCCCGGCCGCCGCCCACACUCCUAAAGGAACGGUUCACCCAAAAUAAUGAAACGUUUUUGUCGCUUCCUGCUCGCCGUCACUGAAGUUUGUACGUCCACGGCAGAGUUUUUUUUUUUUUUUUUUCACUUCCAGUGAGAAACAGCCAACAUGUUUUAACUCACUGGACGUGAUCUUGGAAAUCCUGGAAACUUAUUUCCUUAAGAGAAAAAUGCUGAUGAUUCUGUGAAGCGUGGAAAUUACCCUGAAAUUAUACUUUUUUUUUGUUUGUUUGUUUGUUUUUUUGUUUUUCAUCAUCGUGUUCUGUGGACGUACAAACUUCACCGCCGUCUCACUGGAAUCAGGAUGAGGAAAUAAAGACAACUUUUGGGUGAAAUGCUUCUUUAAAAAGGUGAGAAUGUCAUUUUCAACACAUCCACUUUGUCCAGUUUGGGAAGACAGACGAGGAAAAUCACCAAGAUGUGUAAAAAAAAAAAAAAAAAAGCUUUCUGUCCAUCAACCUUCAGCACAUCGUCUGCUGGCGCUUUAUUUUUUUAACCAAACUCAAUAUAACUGAUGAUGUUUUCAGAAAUACAGAUCAUAUUUUUUGUACAGCACUUCUCAUAACAUAAAAUGCAGCUCAAAGUGCUUUUCAAAAUAAAAGACCCGUCAGGGAACAGAGAAGUCGAUUUGUUUUCCUCCCAAACUGACAGACGUGUUGGAAACGAAGCUGCGUUCAGGUCACGUCAGGAAAAAAAAAACAUCCACGUCCACUUUUUUAUUCAUCACUCUGAAGUCAUAAUGAAGUAGCAGUGGAUAUUAACAACUUUUUGUUAAGUAGAGUUAAUUGUUUUAGUGUGAAUAUUACUGAUCAUCUUUUUAAUAUUGCAAACGUUGCGUUCGCUGCACAGCAUCCCCUCGUGUCCUACCUGUAGUCACCACUAGGAGGCAGACAUGAAUGUUUUCCACAUUUGGCAGCUGGUAUUUACAGACGUAACCUGAAUGCACCAUGAAGCUCUGAGGUCCAUUUGAACAGAGUAAAAUAUUAUGAGUAGCAUUAGAAAAUUAAUGUAAACAGAAAAUUAUUGUUAUAGGAAUCUUACUGUAUGGAGAGCAUUAUUAUUAUUAUAUUCAUUACUGUAUGGAGAUAAUUACUGUUGCUGAGACACUCAGAAAGUGAGUUUUGAAAGUAUGAUUUAUAUAAUAAUGACAGAUUUUGUAAUAACUUCUCAAAGUGUAAUAAUGUUUUCCUUCAUGUUGUAAGAACAUCCAUAUUUUGUAAUAACUCAGAGAACAUGUGUUGCAUCGUAAGCACUCCCUCCACUUUCUCCCUUACCUUAAGGUCUCUCAGGGGGUGUGGCCUCGCCUGGUGUGGGCGUGGCUCUGUCUGGUGUGGGCGUGGCUUAGAAGGGUCCGGAUGUUGUUGAAAAGUGAGGAAUCAGCCUCCAGGGGGCGACACACUUUUACUUUUAUUACAAACUGAUUAGUACAUUUUGGAACCUCUUGUUACAAAAUGUUACAGUGCCCAUUGAUUCUCUUUGUCACACUGUGUCUGUGUGCCCUCGCCUUCCAUUGACCCUCAAUGGAGCAGAGAGUUUGAUUUACACUGAGGGAAAUCUACUUCACUGAUUUUUUUUUUUUUUUUUUCAGAAUGGGAUUGUGUCUGUCCCAUUGACUUACAGUGGAGCUUGGAAUCUACCAUUGCCUUUACAUGGGACAUAAGAAUGAUUUCCAUUGUCUUAAAUUGGAAUUGAGAAUCUGUCCCAUUGGAUUACAGUGGAACUAAGAGUCUUUCCCGUUCACUAAAAAACAAAUCAUUGUGUACUACAUGGUGAAGGACCUUCCUCAUUGAUCUGCAGUGCUACCAGGCUAUUCCAUUGACUUCCAGUGGAAUUAACAAACUGUCCCAUUGCCUUACAAUAGAACAAAAAAUAAAUGCCCUAAUCCUGCUACCAUUGUCUUAAAUGUGUUUGCCAUUGACUUAAACUGCACCAAGAAAUGUUUCCCUUUGCCUUACACUGGAAGUAAGUCUGUCCCAUUGACUUGCAUUGGGACUAAAAAUGUCUCUGUUCCAGUAACUUACAGUGGAGUCAUCCUGGUUCCAUUGACUUUCAGUGGAACCAGCAGUGUUUUUCCUCUGAUGACUGUUUGUGUCCCAUUGAACUAAAGAGCUUUUCCCAUUGA